GUGGACUUGCGACACCUGGCCCAGACCGAGGACUCGAACCGCAUCGAGGUCGGGAUCGAUCUGACCGACUACUACAUCUCCGUCGAGUGGGACAUCAUAAAAGUGCCUGCCGUGAGGAACGAGGCGUACUACAUAUGCUGCGAGGAGCCCUACCCAGACAUCGUGUUCAAUAUCACCCUGCGCCGUAAGACCCUGUUCUACACGGUGAACCUGAUCAUACCGUGCGUGGGCAUAUCCAUACUGUCGGUGCUGGUGUUCUACCUGCCGAGCGACAGCGGCGAGAAGGUCUCGCUGUCGAUCUCGAUACUUCUCUCGUUGACGGUGUUCUUCCUACUCCUUGCCGAGAUCAUACCGCCCACGUCGUUGACGGUGCCGUUGCUCGGCAAGUAUCUGCUGUUCACGAUGGUACUGGUCACGCUGUCCGUGGUCGUGACCAUAGCCGUGCUCAACGUGAACUUUCGCUCGCCCGUGACCCACCGUAUGGCGAACUGGGUGCGGGUCGUGUUCAUACAAGUGUUGCCACGGUUCCUCUGUAUGGAGAGGCCGAAGAAAGAGGACGACGGCGACGACGAUGAGGAGGAGGCCGACGGUAGGAACGGGGUCGGCGUCGCCGGGGUGAACGCCGACGGCGAUACCGUCGACGAGGACGAGGACGACGACGACGUCGAGGCGGCCAACGGUAAACCGCCCGAGGGCAUGCUCACCGAUGUGUUCCAUGUACAAGAGACUGAUAAGUACGACGCGUACUACGGCAAGAGGUUCAGCGGGGAGUACGAGAUACCCGCGUACGGUCUGCCACCCUCGGCGACCAGGUACGACCUGGGCGCCGCCGUGGCCACCGUGGGCACCGUAGCGCCCUGCUUCGAGGAGCCUCUACCCUCGCUGCCACUGCCGGGGGCUGACGACGACCUCUUCGGCCCGGCCAGCCCGGCUUACGCUCACGAGGACGUCAGCCCCACAUUCGAGAAGCCGUUGGUCCGCGAGAUCGAGAAGACCGUCGACGACGCGAGGUUCAUCGCUCAGCACGCCAAGAACAAGGACAAAUUCGAGAGCCGUCUAACGAUUUCGCACGUUUAGAUGAGAUCCGCAUUUGAAACGAUCCACCGAACCCGUCAAGUGCACGGGAGAUAAAAAAUUG